AUGUAUAAUCAAUUUCCUGCGGCAAACAUACACAAUCCCAUCAGCUCUAACCUCAGCCAAGCAGGUGGAACUGAUUUACCGGACCAGGGUAUUGUCAGUCAAAAUGGACAGGUUGUUCCAGAGGAUGAUGACACUUUGUGGGAUUUGAUAGAUUAUCAACCAUGGCUGGGCUGGAUGAGAUCGGAUGCCUUGACAGAUAACCCCGCCUUCAAUUAA